GAAGGCAUGUUCUGAAAUUAACCAAGAUGUCUGUGAAAAGGACAGCAUCCCUGCUCCUGCUCCUGCUCCAGCUGAGUGACUUCUUUGGAUCUGGAACUGGUGGGAAGGUGCUAGUGUGGCCAAUGGAGUUCAGCCAUUGGCUCAACUUAAGGGUGAUCCUAGAUGAACUUCUGAAGAAGGGUCAUGAAGUGACGGUUCUGAGACCUUCGGCGUCCUUAUCUUAUGAGGUUGACAACACAUCUGCUAUUGAAUUCGAGACUUAUCCUACAUCAUACUCAUUAACUGAGGUAGACGAAUUUUUCUGGGAAUCACUCAGAAAAUAUAUUUAUGAGCUGCCAAAGCAGUCAUUUUGGGGAUACUUUUUAAUGUUUCAAGAAUUGGUUUGGGUAGAUUCAGAUUAUUUUGAGAGUCUCUGUAAAGAUGUAGUCUUUAACAAAGAACUCAUGACGAAGCUACAAAACUCUGGCUUUGAUGUCAUCCUGGCAGAUCCCUUCAUACCCUGUGGUGACCUGCUGGCCGAGAUUCUCAAGAUACCCUUAGUGUACAGUCUCCGCUUCUUUCCUGGCUCCACUUAUGAAAAGUACAGUGGAGGACUCCCAAUGCCUCCUUCCUAUGUGCCCAUUGCUAUGUCAGAAUUAAGCGACAGAAUGACAUUCGUGGAGAGGAUGAAACACAUGAUCUAUGUACUUUGUUUUGACUUUUGGUUCCAAGCAUUUAAUGAGAAGAAGUGGAACGAGCUUUACACUGAAGUAUUAGGAAGACCCACUACACUCUCAGAGACUAUGGCAAAGGCAGACAUAUGGCUCAUUAGGACCUACUGGGAUUUGGAAUUCCCUCACCCUGUCUUACCAAAUUUUGAUUUUGUUGGUGGACUCCACUGCAGACCUGCCAAACCCCUGCCUAAGGAAAUAGAAGACUUCGUCCAGUCAUCUGGAGAACAUGGUGUUGUGGUGUUUUCCCUGGGGUCGAUGGUGGGAAACCUAACAGAAGAAAGGGCCAAUGUGAUUGCAGCAGGCCUUGCCCAGAUUCCACAGAAGGUUCUUUGGAGAUUUGAAGGCAAGAAGCCAGAAACCUUGGGCUCCAACACUCGUCUGUACAAAUGGAUCCCCCAGAAUGACCUUCUAGGUCAUCCCAAAACCAGAGCUUUUAUAACUCAUGGUGGCACCAAUGGCAUCUAUGAGGCAAUCUACCACGGGAUUCCUGUGGUUGGCAUUCCUUUGUUUGGAGAUCAAUAUGACAAUAUUGUUCACUUGAAGACAAAAGGAGCAGCAGUUAGACUGGACUUUCUCACCAUGUCCAGUACAGACUUGUUCACUGCACUGAAGACAAUCACUAAUGACCCUUCCUAUAAGGAGAAUGCCAUGAGAUUAUCAAGAAUCCACCACGAUCAGCCAGUGAAACCUCUGGAUAGAGCCGUCUUCUGGAUUGAGUUUGUCAUGCGUCACAAAGGAGCCAAGCACCUUCGUGUGGCAGCGCAUGACCUCAGCUGGGUCCAAUACCACUCUCUGGAUGUCAUUGGGUUCCUGCUGGCCUGUGUGGUGACUGUGAUGUUCAUCCUCAAAAAGUGUUGCCUCUUUUGUUGUCAGAAGUUUACAAAAGCUGGAAGAAAGAAGAAAAGGGAAUAGAUGAACUGAAGAAGACUGACACAAGGACCUCUCCAGUGCCACACAGUAAAGGGGGGCAAUAAGGCUAGGUCCUUUAUCCUGUGACAGUUUUUCAAAAAUUACUGUCAAGUUAGAAGAUUGGUUUUCUCCCAGAAAAUUAGUAGUCUUUUUGGAGUUAGUAGUAUUUCAGCCGAUGAAAAAUUUAAAAGGAAACACAGUAAAAUGAACAGAGUCGACAUGAAAACACACAAUUUUACAAAUUCAUUCCUGCAGCAUAAAUGUUAAACCAGAGAAUGUUAUGGUUGGAGACUUAGCCCCAUGUUCUAAUCAUUUCUCAGGCAAGACUUCCUCUUUGAUUUUGGAUGCCAGGAAAUCAUAUAAAAGUCAUAUCGAGUACCAUCUAGAACUACAGUAUAAGAAAAUCAUGAGAUUUGAGACAAAGACAGGAGACUUACAUGAAGCUUUCAGGCCAACUACCUUGGAUUUCAGCCAGAAAUAGUCUGCCUCAUAAAAUGUGGAAGGGAAACAUAACACUGGAAGUCAUACUUUGACAUCUGAAUAUGAGUGACAUGGCAUAGGUGUGCCCUAUUCACAAAUUUGUAAGCACAAGCAUGUAAAUAAACACAUAUACACAGGCUUUAAAUACACACACACACACACACACACACACACACACACAAACACACAUAUACCAACCAUGACCCACAGGUGUCUGUGGAUAUACCAUUAGUAAGAAGCCCACAAUGAUUUCUGUAUGGUUUUGCAAAUAUUGAACAAGCUUCUGCUUUAUUUAUUGCAAAUGUUACUGGAUGACUUUCUAGGUAAAGUGUUCAGGGUUGGAGCUGUAUGAAAUCUGUAAUCCUAGAUCUGUCUUUAGGAAACCAAUACUGUUGCAGACUCUCCUGUGGUAUACUAAGCCUCAAAAUAACCUCUUCCUAAAAGGACCUACCAAAGUUGUACUUGGGUCUGGAGAGAAGGUUCAGUAGUUACUAACUAGCACCUGUUCUAUAGACCCCAUAUUCCAUUCCCACCACCCAUAUGGUUCAGAGCCAACAGGAAUUCAAAUGUCAUAGUACCUUACACCCCCUGCUGGCCUCUCCUGGCACUACAGAGACACAUGCAAAUGAAGCCCUGAUACACAUCAAAUAAAAUUAAGGAUUAAAGACAAAUUUUGGUUUCAUGAAAUGAAUUCUACUUCCAUUCAACAUUUUACAAAGAAUAAUGGGAUUCACUCAUUUUCAUAAUUAGCCUUUGGAGGCAGAUAUAAGAAUUUAAUUUAUGUUUUGAUAGUACAGAAUAAAGACUCUAAAUAUGUUCUCACACAAUUGCUGGAUGUGUGUAUGUGUGUGGUAUGUGUCCCUUUUUACAAAACAGAAUGUACUUUACCUAUGCUCUUUAUAUUUAUGCUGUGACUUUAAUAUUUCUAUAAGAAAUAAAUGUUUUGUAAUUAUAAUUAUGGCUCCAAGA